AUGGCUCCUUAUAUCAACGCCCACGAGUGGGCCACCGACAAUGAAGCUGGCGUGAACCAGAUCAAGGACAAGGCCGGGGUCGCCUCCGUCAAAUUGGAAGCCACCGCAAAGCCCCCAGUCGCUGAUGACUACAUGUACGACUUCAAGUUCAACCACGCGCUUCCCACCUCCGAUGUUCUCGGAAUCGAGAUUCCUGCCGACUGCGAUGCUCAAAAAGAGGCUGAAGCCAUUGUGGCUCGCCUCUCCGAGGCUUUAGGAAAAGGCGAUGCUCGGGACUUUGCAGAUCAAUUCCUCGAUUAUGGCGUUUGGCGAGACAAGCUCGCAUUCACCUGGGACUACCGCACCUUCAACUUCCAGCCGGCGAUCUUGAAGGCUGCCUCCGACCUUUUGCCCAACACCAAGGCCUCUAAUUUCAAGUUCCUGAAGCCUGCCCCAAAGAUCGACCGCCCCUACCCUGACUAUGCCCAGCUGCAAUUCAUAGUGUCUUUCGAGACCAAUGUUGUGCUUGCUUCAGCUGUCAUUAAUGCAGUCCUCACUAGGGGUGGCUGGAGGAUCUAUACCAUGCACACCGUUGCUGAGAAGCUGAAGCAGUUCCCCGAGAUCCCGCCCGCUGACGGACACAUGACCGGUGUCGUGAGCUGGGAGAAGCAGAGGUCGCUGGAUGUUGACGCUGCUGAUCCGGAGAUACUAAUUAUCGGUGGUGGCCAGAACGGACUGGCGCUAGCUGCCAGAUGCAAGGCACUUGGCAUGAACAAUCUCAUCAUCGAGCACAGCGCAGGAGUUGGCGAUGUUUGGAAGAAGCGGUACGAGUAUCUAUCGCUUCAUUUCCCACAUUGGGCAGACGAUUUGCCUUACUUUCCCUAUCCCAAGCACUGGCCCACGUACACUCCCGCACAGAAGCAAGGGGCUUAUAUGGAGUGGUAUGCCUCAGCUCUUGAACUUAACGUCUGGCUCAAAUCGUCAGUUGUCAAGGCCGAACAGCACGACCAGGGCAAUUGGACAGUAGUUAUCAACAAAGAGGACAGGGAAACCCGCAUACUGCACCCGAAGCAGGUCGUUAUGGCCACCUCCCUGUGCGGCACCCCUAUGCUCCCCGCUGUCCCAGGGAUGACCGACUUCAAAGGUGUCAUUCGACACUCUACCUCGCACGAUAGCGCUCGUGACUUCGUUGGCAAGAAGGUAUGUGUGGUUGGCACCUCGUCCUCCGGCUUCGACACCGCCUUUGACUGCGCCCGCCGCGGCAUCGAUGUCACCCUUCUUCAGCGGUCGCCGACAUACAUCAUGUCCCUCACUCACUCCGUCCCCCGCAUGAUCGGCAACUAUGCCCCCGAUGCCGACCUAGAUCGCCCCAAUCUUGAGGAGCAAGAUCGCCUGUUCUUUGCUACCCCUGUUGGCCCCGGCGAGGAGCUCGCCAGGCGCAACGCCAAAGUCAUUGAGAGCCUAGAUCGGCCCCUGCUUGAAGGGCUCAAUGCCCGUGGUCUCCGAACGUGGCGUGGCCAGCGGGGUACUGGCGGCUCAACGUUAGGCCAGACCCGUAAUGGCGGCUUCUACUUUGAUGCCGGUGCCUGCGAACACAUCAUCAACGGCAAUAUCAAGGUCGAAUCCGGGUACAUAGAGCGCUUCACAGAGGACAAGGUGAUCCUAAGCGGUGACCGCGUACGCGAGUUCGACUUGAUUGUCUUCGCAACCGGCUUCACCAACACAAUUGACUCUGUGCGUUCCACUCUUGGCGACAAGAUGGCUGACCAAUGUGGUCCGAUCUGGGGCAUUGACGAGGAGGGCGAGUUUAAGACCGCAUAUAGAGAGACCGGAGUACCGAACCUCUGGAUCAUGGUGGGAUACCUCCCCUAUACACGCUUUCAUUCCAAGCUACUCGCUAUGAGAUUGAAGGCUCUGAAGGAGGGCAUCGCGUCGGCCCCUUACAAGACAUAG